ACUGUUUCUGUGACUUCCUGUUUAUACUUCGAAGGCGGCUGAAAACUGUUCGUAUUGACCGCAAUUACUUUUUUUCAACGCCCCCUGCUUCUACCGCCUGCUCUCGUCUACUUUCCAUGCGAGAAACAGUCCAUCUCGUACGAGUUUUGGCAGAAAUGAAGACCUUCUGUGGAAGAGCCAACCCGAGCACUGGAGCUUUAGACUGGGUGGAGGAGAGUGAGGAGUACGACUACCACCAGGAGAUAGCCAGGUCCUGUUACGCUGAUAUGCUACAUGACCAUGACAGGAAUAAGAAGUACUACCAGGGCAUCCGGGCUGCUGUAGCCAGAGUAAAGGCUCGCGGUGAGAGGGUCAUCGUCCUGGACAUCGGGACGGGAACAGGCCUACUGUCCAUGAUGGCCGUCACUGCUGGAGCGGACUUCUGCUACGCUGUGGAGGUUUUCAAGCCUACGGCUGAGGCAGCGCAGUGCAUUGUGGAGAAGAACGGCUUCUCAGAAAAGAUCAAGAUCAUCAACAGACACUCUACUGAUGUCACCGUGGGGCCAGAUGGAGAUAUGCAAAUGAAGGCCAACAUUCUGAUCACAGAGCUGUUCGAUACAGAGCUGAUAGGUGAAGGAGCACUGCCCAGCUAUGAACAUGCUCACCAAAAUCUUGUCCAGGAGGCUUGUGAGGCGGUCCCUCACCGGGCCACCGUCUACGCCCAGCUGGUGGAGUCGGAGCUGCUGUGGAGCUGGGUUCAGAUGCAGCCGGUGGAGGUGGAGGGGGCCCGCCUGGUCCCGCCGCCCGCCAUGGGCCACUGUGCCGGAGCUCAUUCGGUGUGUGAUAUCCAGCUGAGCCAGGUGUCUCCUCGCAGCUUCACCCCCCUUGGUCCCCUCUGCACCAUGUUCAGUGUGGAUUUUAGUAAGCCAGUGAGUAGCGCAUUCCAGUCUUGCACCUCCCAGUUUGUGGCUCGGGCCAGCGGUCGGGCCCAGGUCGUCUUAUCUUGGUGGGACCUAGACAUGGAUCCCAGUGGAAGCGUCGUGUGCACCAUGGCGCCUAGCUGGACAUACCCACAGCCAAAGACGGCUCCGUGGCGGGACCACUGGAUGCAGAGUCUUUACUUCCUGCCUACGGAGAGCAGAGUGACAGAGGGGGAGGAGCUGAGUCUGACCGUUUGCCAUGACGACUAUAGCCUGUGGUACGGCCUGCAGUCCCCCAGUCAGCAGGACUCACAGGCUGAGGCUCCUCCCACUCGGCCCUGUUGUACCUGCCAAGCCCACCUGGUUUGGACUCGACCGCGUUUCGGCGAACUCAACGACAGGCGGCGCACAGAGAGCUACGUCAGCGCGCUGCGCAGCGUCAUGAGGGAGGACAGCGUCUGUCUUGGCGUCAGCGAUGGAAGUCUACUUCCUGUGUUCGCUCACAUGAUCGGAGCCAAGAAGGUCUACGGUCUGGAAAACUCCAGAAUGUCUAAACAGGUUAUUAAGCAGGUGUUGGAAGCCAACUCGAUGGAAGGAGGUGUUGAGCUGCUGGAGAUCCAGCCGGAGCAGCUGACCAAUGAUGAUCUCGGAGGGGAGCAGAUCUCUGUCCUGAUGGGUGAACCGUACUUCAGCACCAGCCUCCUGCCCUGGCACUCCCUGUUCUUCUGGUACUGUCGGACCGCCCUGGCAGGCCUCCUCCGGCCCAACGCCACCAUCCUGCCCUGCUCUGCCACACUUCACAUGGUGGCUGUAGAGUUCCAGGAUUUGUGGAGGAUAAGAGCUCCGUGUGGAACAUGUGAGGGCUUUAAUGUCUCACCCAUGGAUGAAAUGGUCCAGAGAUCUCUGGAUUUCCGUGAGUCCCGUGAGGCGGAGCCCCACCCUCUCUGGGAGUACCCAUGUCGCGCUCUGACCCGGUCCACAGCGGCCAUGACCUUCGACUUCACCCGGUGUAUCCCUCAACAGCCAAUCAGCAGUCAGGGCUCGCUGCCGUUCAUAAGGAAUGGUCGUUGCCAUGGUGUCGCGCUGUGGAUGGAAUAUCACCUCACCGCUGACAUCACUGUCACUGCAGGUCUGAUUGGACCAAUCAGUGAGCAGGGCGAGUGCGAGUGGAGUCGACACAGGAAACAGGGAGUGUAUUUUCUCAAGUCGCCGUGUGAGAGCUCAGACGACGGCAGAGCCGCAGUGUCUUACAGCUUCACCUUUGAACCCGGUCUGGGAGACAUUAAGAUGGACUUCAGCGUGGAGGAACAGUGAUGAACUGACUCUCGAGUAAUGUGCCUUUACCUCAUGUCGCCGUUUUUAUUUUUUUAUAUCGAAUGCACAUUUUAACAUCUGUGGUUCGGCCAAUAUGGUGUUAUUGUUCUGACUCACUAUCUGAAACAUGACAUUCAGGGCUUCCCAAAAGCAGGUAGCAAUUGUACAAUAAAUGAUUCAACAAA